AACUAAUUUUUUUCAAUCAGUCAGCUGAAAUGCAAACAGUAAACAAAUCUAGCGCCUCGUCCAAUUGUUGAAUGAAACAUUAGCAUAAAUACAAAAAGAGUGACACUCCGGUGUCAGAGGCGUAGUCUAGAGCGCCGGCGAGGUGGAAAUCUGAUGAACUCUCUGAGACAUCCACCGUGACGAGGGCAGGGCCAAAAGUUGCGCUGCCACCAAAAGUGAAAGUUGGUCAGAAGAUGAUGAAAAUAGUACUGAUCAGUGGAAAGCGCAAGUGCGGAAAGGAUUACAUCUCCGAAAGGCUCCAUAAGACGUUGGCCGAACGGGCACAGAUUGUUCGCAUCUCGGAGCCCAUCAAGUCGGAGUGGGCUCGCAAACUACAGCUGGAUUUGGCUGCCCUGCUUAGCGAUGGUCCUUACAAGGAGCAGUACCGCCGAGACAUGAUUGUUUGGAGCGAUGAGGUUCGGUCUCGGGACUACGGAUACUUCUGCCGAGUGGCCAUGGAAGAGGCAUUGGCCCGUCGACCGACACCUUACAUAUUGGUCAGCGAUGUGAGGCGCAAAAACGACAUCAGGUGGUUCCGGGAAACCUAUGGCUCCGACAAGGUACUGACUGUGCGGCUCACCUCCCGUCCAGAGACCCGCAGUGCCCGAGGAUGGGUCUUCACGGCGGGCAUCGACGAUGUGCCGUCCGAGUGCGAUCUGGACGACUUUGAUGGCUUCGACGUGGUGGUGGCCAACGACAAUGAGAAUGACCAGGAGUCUAUUGACCAAAUACUGGAGACGAUGCAACUGAAGUAACUGUGAAUGUGAAGCUUUAGAUAUUAACUACUCGAAUCAAGCCCUCGGCAUCAGCGUAUUUUUGAUAGAACAUGUAUUUGGCACGGUAUGAGUGUAUUAGAUAAUGCUAAUAUUAUGCCUUGUGAAGGAAUGUAGCUAAGUUUGUACUUAAUAAUUUAUAAACUGGAAUUAAUAAAAUGGAGAUGGUGUGAAAAGUAUAUUUGUUUGUUUAGGAAUUAGGAUUAAUUAUUAAGAAGUUUGAAUGUUUAUAUUGUUUAUUAUUAACUGGAAUAGUAUGUUCUGCGCUGAUUUUAUUGCCACUUUUGAAAAUGUUUAUUUGAAUUCUGAAACCGUUUCCUCGCUUCCAGCUGAUCGGCAUAGUAUUUUCGAGUAUUUAUUCUGCGGUAUUUUUUAUCGCGCUAGACCGAAGGUUCAGCGGAUUUCAUGUGCAGAGUCAGUCGGCAAGCGGUCACACCAACAGCCAGUCCAGAAAAUAGAAGAAAAAGAAACAAGAGAAGAAAACUAAAUUGGACGGUGCAGACGGAGAAGAGCCCCAAAACGCAGAGCAAGAAGCGAAGGAGUCAAAGUUAACCGAACAGCUAACCAGAGAACAACCGGAGAUCAGAGGCCCCA